AUGACGUGCAUGCGGCCCGCCAUGCCGGAGGUGUGCGAGGUGUGCGCGCGCCGCUUCUUCACGCGCGCCCAGUUGAACCACCACCUGUCGAUCCACCGCGGCGAGACGGUGUGCCCCGUCUGCGGCCGCGUCUUCUCCACCAGGAAUAACAUGCGCGUCCACCUGGUCUCCAUCCACCCGACCUCGCCGCAGGCGGUGCUGCUGCGCGAGCUGCGCCAGCGCGCGUACUUCGGUGUCACGCCGCGCCCGCCCGUCUACCGGGUGUGCAAGCUGUGCCAGAAGCCGCUCUACUCGCAGCCCUCCUUCUUCUGCCACAUGAGCAUGCACCGCGGACGCACCACGUGCCGCCACUGCGGCCGCGUGCUCAGCAGCCGGCAGCGGCUGCAGCAGCACAUCAUCAGCCGCCACGGCGGUCUGCAGGACGACGAGAACGGACCGCCGCCGCCGCAGCCGCAGGGGCCGCAGCUGCACGGACCGUCGCCGCAGAGACCGCCGCCGACGUAG